CCUCCCUCAUUUCUCUCUCCCAAAUCACAAACAAACCCAAUUAACCCAGAGCGAAAAUCCAUGGCUUCCAACGGAACCCCUACCACCGCCGACGCCAAACCCAUCGUGACCGACGAGGUCCGCCGCGUCUUCAAGAGCUUCGACGCCAACGGCGACGGCAAGAUCUCAACCUCCGAGCUCGGCAACGUCCUCGCGGCCCUCGGCUCCAACGUCCCCGAGGACGAGCUCCAGCGCGUGAUGGUCGACCUCGACACCGACCGCGACGGCUUCAUCUGCAUCGACGAGUUCAACGCCUUCUGGGUGGCCGGCGACGGCGGCUCCUCCGAGCUCGAGGAGGCCUUCGAUCUGUACGACCAGGACCGCAACGGCCUCAUCUCCGUCGAUGAGCUCCACCUCGUCCUCAACCGGCUUCAGAUGAAGUGCACCGUUGAGGAUUGCAACCGCAUGAUCCAGUCCGUUGACGCCGACGGCGACGGGAAUGUGAAUUUCGAGGAGUUCAAGAAGAUGAUGAGCCACAACUCCAGCAACGGCGGCGCCGUCUCUAACGGCGCCUGAGCUCAUUUCCAAGGUAGUGAGUCUGCUACUAGUCGUCAAAUCUUAGAUGAAUUUAGAUCCUCGAUCUGUGAAAGUGAAAUUAGGGUUUAUAACCUUGGAAAUGCUUUUUAUGAAAAUAAUAGUGGUACCGGGUUUUAUAUACUUAGGGAUUAAUCGCACCUUUUCUUCAUGUACUUUUAUGGUAUCGAUCUGUUUUAUGGCGAAAUCACUAUUUCUCUA